AUGUCCGAAGUUAGUGGCGAAGGUAAUGCUCUGCAGAAAUACACGAAAAUCGAGAAGCUCGGCGGAGGAACAUUUGGGGUCGUUUACAAAUGCAUUCACAACGAGACCGGUAAAUUUGUGGCCAUGAAGAAGAUCCGCGAAGAGUUUAAAGAUGAGGGGGUUCCGUCCAAGGUGAUCCGUGAAAUUGCGGUGCUUAAAGAGCUCGACCAUCCCAAUAUUGUGGCGUUCGUUUUGUUUUUGUGUCAUUUUCACUCGAUUGCGAUUGUUUGA